AUGAAGCGACAUCACCACUAUGUGCAGAGCGUACAAAGGCGAUUAAUAACGUCAUGCGGAGGACAUCGUAUGGAUCCCGCAAUGACCAGUCACCACGCACAUAAAUUGACGGAGUUAAGGAUCGAUCAGCAUAAUCUGAACGGUCAGCACAUCGUCGUCAAACAACUGAGAGACUACUGUAUACACAAUAAGGUUGAUCUAGCCUUAAUACAGGAGUUCCCUUCAAAGAACAGAAUCAUCAAAGGAUUAGACCAUGACCCAAUUAGAUGCAUUGUUGGUAGUACGGGACAAAAACCCGGUGCCGCCAUUAUUGUCUUUAAUGUGGAGCUGGAAGUCACAGUACUAAGCAAUCUGUCCAGUGUUUACUUCACGGUAAUAACCGUACGCAUUGGCAGAGAAAUUAUCAACUUUGUGUCAUCAUAUUUCAAAUUCAACAUACUAACGGUUGAGUUUGUGAUGAGAUUGGACGUCAUACUCAAUGAGAUGAAAGGCGAAACCGUCAUCUGUGCCGAUGUUAACGCUCACUCUCCACUAUGGAUGUGUGACGCAUCUAACAAUACGGCCAGAGUCAAGGGACGGAAAAUUGAGGAUCUCAUCGAGAAACAUCAGUUAACGGUCCAUAACAACAACAGAAGGACUCAUAGAUGCAACCGGGUUGGUAUGGGGACAUCAAACAUUGAUGUCACCAUGACAACGGCGCGUGUAGCAGGAAGGAUUUCACGCUGGAAAGUCAUUAAAGGUAUAACGAAGACGUUGCUCGAUGAUAUAAACUUCUUAUUAAAGAUAUUAUCAGAGAAACUAUUAUAUACAUUUAGUAUUUUUUUUUUAAUAAUAUUUUUCUUGUAUGGAUCAAUGUUAAGCGAAUUUAGCACUGGUCUACAUUUUCUGAAAAUGAUAGUAUAA